AUGGCAGGUGCCGCCGCCAAGUUCGCUGACUACCUGGUCCAGGAGUGUAGGUCAAUGGUGGCUACACAAUGCGGGGAAAUUUGCAUGGCUGACAAAGCAGACGGAAAGGAUCUUGAUGGACAAAAGGAAUUGAUGGGAAAAUGCUUCCAUGGAUCGGCUGGCUAUGGUUCGUGCUUAACCAAUUUGAUUGAAGGGAAGGGCGAUUAUGCAUCGCUGUAUGACCGUAUGGCAAUUGAGAACAAUCGAGAAGGAAAUGAGCUUCGGAAAGAUGGCUACUCGCUGAUUCUGCGAGACCUGGUUUCCUGUGAUGAGGGUAAGUUCAAGCCGCGGAACAUUUGUUGCCAGGAUAGAUUCUCAUUCAAUGUUGCACUUGCAGCAACCACAUUCUAUGUCCACUCUAGAGGCUUUACGCGAGAGGCACUGGCCAAGACAAAAGGAGAACUUAUUCAGGGAAGAAACGUCUAUGAUAGAGGCAACAGAUGCAUCGCCAACUACAAAACUGCUCUCAAAUACCACGACGAAUUUUGUCCAAAGUCUUCUCCAGAACCGUAUCCUUCUGGUAAAGGCUUGGAUGAUAUAUUGAUGUAUGUUCGACAGAAAAUGUAUAUGUUGCUCAAGGGGGCAAAGAACAAAGAUGGCGCAAGACGUGUGAAGAAAGAUGCGGACAGUUUCACUGCAGAAGAAAUGCCUGAGAAGUACAUGUUCGAAGGGUAUAUGGUGUUUGUCUUGUGGGGACCAAAAGCUCUCUGUGGCAAGACUCUGAGUUGCCUAUCAGAGGAUGGAAAGAAAGUCGAGAAGGUUGGACGAGCUGCCAUCAGAGAGAAGGAACUCAAGAUUAAGCAACUUGAACGUUCAAGCAAUGAAGGCGGCACUGGUCCCUUCAACAGAGGACUGGCUGUCAAAGACAAAUUUGCUUGUGCCUCACUUGCUAUGUCAGAACACAAAGCGGCGACAAGAAACGUUAGAGAUCUUCUCUACCACAACAAUUUGUCUGAGACGAACUGUCUUACCCAGCUUGGUCAUCUUAACAAUAUGAUUGAUAGAGCAGAGAGACGCAAGAACGACAGAGAAGUUUCGCUUCUCGAAAAGAGAAAGGAUGCGCUUUUUGACAAACUUGACAGUUUGAGCAAAAGAAAGGCUGAACUCGAAGCCCAGAGUGAUCAGCUUGUGAAGAGAGCAAAGCUUCCCCAAACGCAGGCACUGUAUGAAUCUAUGGGUAUCUUUGCUGUGCCCAAAGACGUGGAUGUAGCCACAAAGCCAACUGUGGAUGAAGACUCUACACUCACGAACAAAACUCCAAGCAAGCAACUUCGCAAACUGCCAUCGCAUUGUUCUCAGUUGUCGGGAGCUGGUGAGGAGGAGGAUGACGAUGACGACGAUGAUGGUGAGGUUGAGUUUGUUCAGGAAGUGGUGCCCCGUUCUGAAAAGGCUAUUGGCAUAGACAACCCGGAAGACGAGAUAGAUGAGCCCUUUGUUGUUGUCAAUCCUCCAUUCACUGGUGUCGCGGCAAGGCUUCCGCCAGAUGCACAGGCAGUACUGUUGCGUCUUCGUCAAAAAGAAGCAGCUGGUAUCCCAAUUGGUGAUCCAACUUUCUACGAACAACAGACCAUGGUUGCUUGUGCCGAAAUGCAACAAGGCCGAGAUGGUGUUGGUCAUAUCAGCUAUGAGCCAGGCAGCGUUUAUUAUGCCAAUAAAGCACAAGCUGACGAUCUUAAUGCUGCCUCCGCCAAGACAUAUUACAUGCAAGAAGAGGAUUAA